CUGCUGUUGAAGGAUGGAAACGGAAAUGUUUUUACUCAAGGAUGGUGUGCAGCUUUUCUUGUAGUGUGGUGGACAAGAUCCUGAUGAGGUUUGAGUGGGUGAAUCCUCAUGCUAGCCUGGAGUUCGCUGCAGACUUGGGUGACAUUUAGCAUUGCAACACCUGAAGAUGGAAAAUUGGUCGGUCGAUCAAGUCUGCAACUGGUUGAGACAGAGAAAUUUAGCAGAACUAGUUCCUAAGUUUCGUGAAGAAGAAGUAAGCGGAGCAGCUCUCCUGGCUCUUAAUGAUCGUAUGGUACAGCAGCUGGUGAAGAAGAUUGGGCACCAGGCAGUGCUGAUGGACCUGAUUCAUAAAUACCAGCAACAAAAGAGUGGGCUAGAAUCCCUUACGCGCUCUUGUGAAACAUCUUCUCCAAGAUUUCCAGAAGUUAUCAGUGGGGCUAUUGACAGACAAAUGUUAAAUUCUUCUCAUCCUGUGGAGCAGAAAAAAUAUCUGUGCACAACUGAAAAUGAAGAAGGACUAAUUGAUCACAGAGUGCUAAAGCAAAAAAAAAAUCUGAAAUCAUUUUUUGCAAGAUACAAGACGUUGCAGUGGACAAGUUCUUAUGCUUUGCCAGACUUCCCUUAUGAUGUCAAGUGCCUACUGGCGGAGAAAAAAUGCCCUGAUCACAGUAUGAGAAUAAGGAUUAUUGAAUUUUUACAAGCGGACAUGACAAAAUACUUAGAAGGAUCACUGUACCCGAACAGCCAGCAAUAUAACAUUGUUGUCAAUGCUCUGCUGCAGGCAUACCCCUUCCUUGAUGAAGAUGGGAAUGGCUUUUUGCUAUGGAAACGGGCCCUUAAAGAUCGCUUCAAAUAUGUGCGGAGACCCAUUGAAGAUGAUGAACAAGUCCUGAGGAACAAAUGCAAGUUUGGCCACAGGCGAGGACAGACCAGGAAAUCUUCAUUUGCUGAAAACAAACCUGAUGAUGUCCAGGUGCAGGCAGAGCUACAAUAUUCCCAUUCUGCUUUAGGUUAUACACCUCCAGCUAGAGUGAAAAACAGUAGAGGCUUAUGUCUAGGCCCUGAAACCUCUGUCCAGGAAGAACCCGUUCAUCUUGAAGGUGGUGCAAUGGAUGUACACAUUAAGUGGCUUAAGCAAGAAUAUAUGAAAACUCAGAGGAACUGGAAAGAAGUGGAUAACAGAAUGAAUGUGACAAUAGAAGUACGGAGGAAGAUGAUCGGCAAUAAGGCACCUUUAAAAGAGAUUCUUAGACUAUUUCCUUUCUUAAGAUGCCCUUAUCAGCUUUUUAGGGAGUUCCAGCUUCUCACACACAUGGACAUUUAUAAGAAAACAGUUGAGAUUUUGGAGGUUUACUCAGAAAACAUAUUAUCUUUGUAUGUGGUGAGGAAUAAUCCAAUUAACAUUAUGCUGCAAGAAAAUCUGAAGCGUCACACAGAGGAAGACAUUCUGAAAUAUAUGAAAAUGACUGCUGCAUGUUUACUCCUGCCAGAUGUCUUUGGAGAUGACUCCAGUCUAUUCGCUGCAGUGAAUGAGGAGGUGAAGGUGGUGACACCAGUGUUGGAAGUAAAAAAUCCCUUUAAUGUGAAUUCAUGCGAGUUUGCGCUGUAUGUGGAAAGAGAGGAGCUAGCCCAGCUCGACGACUGCACCAUGGCCCUGGCCGCGCUGGUGGCUGCAUUUCAUGUGUUCGAUAUCCCGUGCCCAAAGAGAAUCCACAGGACGCUCAGCUUCCUGGAAUCCCUGGUCUUUGAGGUGAGGAGUCCAGCAUCCCUCCCUGCCCAGACAAAGAAAGGGCUGGAGGCACCUGAGUAUCCCAGUAUCUGAUGGCGUACACAGCACUCCUCUCGGGAGCAUUUGACAUUUUGCCAAAAUAAAUCCCUUUGUUGUGAAGAUAAAUCAGUGCCAUUCUUUCUGGUGGAAGUGUAUGUAUAUUUAUAACUCCUUUACAUUUAGUAAUGCCCAUUUUUUUAUUGUACUGGCUACUUUUUUUAAAAUUUGAA